AUGGUGCGGAGGAAGAUCUGCCGAUACCUGCAAUGGCUCGGAAUCGAAGCCAAAGUCUUCAAUGUCGGCAACUACCGCCGCAAACUGUUUGGGACACACCAGCCCCAUUCGUUCUUUGAUCCCACCAACCCAGAGGGUGAACGAUCCAGGAACGAGGCCACCAACGCGGCCCUCAAGGAUAUGAUUCAUUGGUUCCGCAAAGAUGAAGGAACUGUCGCUCUCUUUGAUGCUACAAACUCGACCAAGGUUAAGCGGGAGUUGCUCCUCCAGGAGUGUGAGCGCAACGGUGUCCAGGUCAUGUUUAUCGAAUCGGUCUGCGAGGACGAGGCCAUCCAGUUGGCCAAUGCGAUCGAGACUCAAACGCACUCGCCCGACUAUGAACAGAUGGAGCCCGAAUUGGCACUGCAGGACUUCAAGGCGAGGACUAGGCUGUUCAAAGAAAAGUACGAGACCAUUGUGGACCGGGACCAGGCUUACAUCAAGUUGAUUGAUGCGGGAAGUGAUGUCAUUGUCAACAGGAUUAAGGGAUAUGUUCAGUCGCGGGUAGUCUACUACUUGAUGAACCUGCGGAUUGCACCCCGCAACAUCUACUUUAGUCGACACGGCGAGUCGCUGUUCAACGUGAUGGGUCUACUCGGUGGCGAUUCUGAAUUAUCGGCUCGCGGCAAGCAGUAUGCGCGGGCAUUGCCCGAGCUCCUUUCCACACAUAUCCCCAAUGCCGAUCAAUUGACUAUCUGGACUUCAACCAAGAAACGCACCAUCGCCACCGCCAAACAUCUCCCCAACAAAAAGCUCGCCUGGCAAGCACUGGACGAACUCGAGGCCGGCAAGGCUGAUGCACUGACAUACGAACAGGUUGAGGAACAGUUCCCCGACGACUUUGCCAAGCGCGACAACGACAAGUACAACUACCGGUACCAGGAUGGCGAGUCCUAUAGGGAUGUUGUUCAGCGUCUGGAACCUGUGCUCAUGGAUCUGGAACGACAGGAAAACGUCUUGAUCAUUGGACACCAGGCCAUCCUCCGAUGCCUCUACGCCUACUUUAUGAAUCACUCCUUCGAGCGACUCCCCUACCUCAAAAUCCCCCUCCAUACCGUCAUCCAGCUCACCCCCAGAGCCUAUACCUGCGAGGAGAGGCGAUUCAAGGUCGAUAUCGAGGCUGUUGAUACUCAUCGCCCCAAACCCAAGGCAGGUUCGCCAGCGGUCACCAAGGCUGCGGCACCAGCGGACCCUGAGGUUCAGGCACUUGCUACAGCGCCCGAGCCCACUGGACGACCUCUGACGGAUGCAGAGAAACCCAAGAUUAUCUUGUCCAACAUGAAGACGACUACCUUCCGAGACGCCCUUCACCCCGAUGCUGCAUCCGUCGAGUCUCGUGCAGCGUCACCAGCACCAGCACAGGCACAAGUUGCAGCAACAGCAGUAGCACCCGCCGCACCAGUACUAGCACCAGUACCGGCACCAGUACCGGCACCAGUACCAGCGCCAGCACGAGUGUCACAGGCACCGGUAUCAAUCGCCAAGCCACUAGUGGAAGAGAAGGCGAAGCAGAUCGCCGCAGCCUUGAAGCAGGCGACUGCCGUCGGUUCUAUCGCCAACCCAGCCAUCGCCCUCGGCCCCAACGACGUCAACACCCCCAUCCCAGAAUCGGCACUCUCGGCCCCCCUCCAAAGCAGCAACAACGGAGAAACGACCCUGAAGAGUGCAGGAGGUCCCGCCGCCGGUUUGAGUGUCAACAGCUACAGCACAGGAUCAGUAUCCUGGAAAUCGGCCUCCACUCCUCCCAUGAGCCCUGUUCCCUCGAUCCCAGAAUCCAUGUCGGCCGCUGCUCAGGCUGCUGCAGAGGCGGACGAUGCGGCUCUGUCGGAUAACCAGGAUUUGGACCAGUGCUGUUCAUGCCCGAUCCCUGGAACUGGAAGCAAGGGAGUCAGUGCCUCGUCGUCGUUGGAGCAGAUCGCUGUUGUUGCUGUUGACAACAAGUCCAAGAAGGAAGUUGCAGUUACUGUCCCGGCAGUCACCGCUGUGGCUGUCGAAACCCCCAAGCAGGUCGCAGUCGACAACAAAUCCAAGAAGGAGGUCGCUGUCCCUGUCCCUGCAGUCCGCCAGCCUGUUGCUCAGGUCGCUACCGCCGCCUUUGUUUGA